AAAUAUCAGUGAGAGAAUCUGGGGGAAUAUAUAAGCUAAUCCAGGCGUACGGACCAAGCCAACUAGUCAAGAAAGGAAACGAGAUAUCCCCAAAUUUCAUUUCCACAAAGCCCUAGCUCAACAGAUAGAAGAGAGAGAAAGUUUAAUCAAAGCCAUAUCCAUAGCCAUGUCAGGACACAUCACUCAGGAUUGGGAGCCCGUCGUUGUCAGGAAGAAGGCACCUAACGCCGCCGCCAAGAAAGACGAGAAAGCCGUCAACGCCGCUCGCCGGGCCGGUGCUGAGAUUGAGACUGUAAAAAAAUCUACCGCAGGAACAAACAAAGCUGCCUCUAGUAGCACAUCUUUGAAUACAAGGAAGCUCGAUGAUGAAACAGAAAAUCUUGCUCAUGACCGUGUACCCACUGAACUGAAAAAAGCUAUAAUGCAAGCUAGGAUGGACAAGAAGCUUACCCAGUCCCAGCUUGCUCAAAUUAUUAAUGAGAAGCCUCAAAUUAUCCAGGAGUAUGAAUCUGGUAAAGCCAUACCAAAUCAGCAGAUCAUAACGAAGCUAGAGAGAGCUCUUGGCGUGAAACUACGUGGAAAGAAAUAAAGUUAUCCUUGGAAAUUAACAACGGAGGAAGCUUCACCUAUGUUGUGUUUGGUUGAAGUGUUGCGCAUGAAUCUGUAAUAGCUAAUCUUCCGAAGUCAAAAACUAUGUGCAGAAACUUAUGUUUUGCAAGAAUGGUUCUCUAAAUUUUCUCGUGUGAUGACUCUUAAUUGCAAAAUCUUCAGUCUUUCUAAUGCUUUCCUCCUUGUCCAUCACGAACUAGAGCAUUAUGCGUUGUGUUCGCAAUAUAAUAUAUCAGUUGUGGGCCGCAUGCUUGUCCCACCUUGACUUCUCUA